AUGUCCAUCUUGCCCUCACAAACCCAACCGCCAUCUUCGUCAUCUUCGUCUUUACCAAUUCCUAACCCUAAUUCACAACAUGGAAUUUCAGAUACUUCCUCUUCUCUUUCCCCUCAACUCAACCAUGCUCUCGGAUCUCUCCAGAUCUCCGAUUAUCCAGGUCCAUCAACUCCAGCUGCAGAAGAUUCUGGUGGACCCUCCGAAAAGGUGACGGAAUUAGAGUCUUCAAAUGGUAUGAAGGCACCUCAGCGAAACUCUAGAUCUCAUUCUAGGAGUCACUCAGGAAGACGAACGGCUGGGCUCUCCCAUUCUGAGGGGAUGACAACGGGAACAGUUUCUUCUCAUAGAAAUCAACAGGCUACUGGAUCUGCAUAUUCUCAAGGAAGCACCCCUCUUGCAGGAAGGAAAUCUCAGAUGGCGAAUGGCAAUCACUUGCUCAACUUUCAGUAUGAUCCAAUAUCCCGUUCUCAACAAAGGGGUCCUCCCCCUCCCCCUCCAGCAAGAAGGCAGCGGAAGAGAAGACCAUACAACAAAGAUUUGUUUUUACAGGCAAAUUUCAAAUUCAUGGUGCUAGAUUCAGGAAAUUAUUCCCGUGAGUCAAUGGAUCCAGAUAAAAUGUUGCAGUGGGAAGAUAUUAUAUGUGUGACAUAUUCGACCCCUUCUCCAAUUCAGUGUCCAAUUUGUUUGGAGCAUCCCCUGUGUCCCCAAAUAACCUCAUGUGGACACAUUUUUUGUUUCCCAUGUAUUCUACAAUACUUGUUGUUGGGUGAAGAAGAUCACAAAGGUGAUUGCUGGAAAAGGUGUCCGUUGUGCUUUGUGAUGAUAUCUGUCAAGGACUUAUAUACAGUCCACAUCACAAAUGUCAAACAGUAUCAAGUAGGGGAUAAUAUUGAGUUCACUUUCUUAACAAGGAAGAAGGAUUCAUUUACUCUUUCGCAUAAAAAUAAACAAGAGACUGAUAACUCAUCUUAUGGCCAAGGAGAUGUAUGUGACCCCUUUUCUAAGUUCACACUCACAUUAGACGUAGAUCUCUCAGUGAGACAUGCAAUAUCAGAUCUAGAUGGUUGGCUGGCCAGAGCUGAUUCAGGUCUAGUCGACGACCUGGAGAAGCUUCCAUAUGUUAGUGUUGCAAUGCAACAACUAAAACAGAGAAAGAAGUAUUGGAAUGAGCACAAGGCUUCUUACAGUGAAAAAUCUUCUAUCCUCAUUGAUAAUGCACUCCAGGUACCAUCAGUAUCUGCUAACGCUGUGGAUACUGAUGACGAAAGCUGUUCUAAUGGAUCAAGAACUUCCUCUACUGAUUUCCCCGAUCAAAGCAAGGUUGUAAUAUUGGAUAAAUCAAUUGCUGGAGGCUCUCAGGAUGAAACUUUGGAGCUGGAAAAGAUACUAGUAGAGCAGGAAGUGAACUUGUCUUCUUCGUAUGAGGAGAAAAAAUGUAUUCAAGGCCAUUCAAAUGGCAUUGGAGAUGCAAAGGAAAGUGACUCUUACAAUUUUUAUCAGGCUGCUGAUGGGCAACAUCUAAUUCUUCAUCCUUUGAACACCAAGUGUUUACUGCACCAUUAUGGUAGCUAUGAUAAGCUCCCUCACAGAAUAAGUGGAAGGAUUCUACAAUUGGAGACUGUUACUCAAUCUGAGGCUGUGAGGAGGCGGUAUCGAUUUUUAAGUCAUUUUCCGUUAACCACAACUUUUCAGCUUUGUGAAGUUGAUUUGAGUGAGAUGUUGCCUCCUGAAGCACUGGCCCCAUUUUUGGAUGAAAUAAAGAACCGUGCAAACCAGAGGAAGCAACUUGCAAAGAAGGAACUGAAGGAAAAAUUGAAGGCUGAAGCUUCUUCUAAUUAUGCUCUUUCCAUGUCAACCCAUUAUCAGUUUAUUUCUCGUGAUGAUCCUCCAACGUUCUCCAUGGAUGACUUUGAAGCUCUAGGAAGUUCCACUCUGUCAUCAAGUUCUCCAGUUGUUGGUGAGAGGAAAUUGUUCUCAAGUGUGACUAGGCUUGGUUUUGCUGCUGCUCACGAUUCUCCAUCCUUUCAAGCUCAAGAAACUAGCGAUUUACACAACAAUAAUUCGAUUGCUGAUUCUUCUGGUUCAGCAGGUUUGAGGAACGUGGAGACACUAUCAUACUCCAAUGUCAUAUCUAGAGCAGAAUCUAAUGGAAGUUCGAAUGCACCAAAGACAAAUGACUCGGGAAAGAAGGGAAAGAAACCAAAUCGAGUUCUUCUGUCAACAGCUGGUGGCAGGCGUUAUUGA